AUUAAAGCCCAUCUCAAGGCCCAUUCAAACAUGUCUUGCCGCUUUUUUAAUUUCUUGUUUGGCACAAUUGCAUUUUUUUUCUUUUCUUUUUUGGUUUCUUCUGAAAUCUUUCAGAGUCACUCAAUCCUACAACACAAGCAUACAAAUACAACGUUUUCUAGUUUGGAGAAAACGUGAGAAGAUAGAUAUUUUAUGAAUGGAACAAAAUAAAACAGUUAAUAACUUUUGUAUUUUUUUUUUGGAGAAAGAAAGGCAGAAGAAGAAGAGACAAGAGAAUGUGAGACACGAGGAGGGAGGGGACGACUCCUCUCUCUUACGGAAAUUUCCAGGAAAGUCACCGGAGCAGGUUAUGGGAGCCACACGAUAAGGAUUUUGUAUUUCAAACGACGACAAUGACGUCGUGAUGUAGCGCAAUCAUGCACGUCCUACUCUCACUUUCUACACCAAACCUUUAUGCAACAAAUCCAUCCUACUAAAUUAUCUCCAUUAAUAUUUUAUUUAUUUAAACUCUUCUUCUUUUCUUCUGUGGUGGGUGACUGACAUAGUUUUCUUCAUUUGAUUAAAAUAUAUUUACACAGGUUUCAUUUUAUCUAUUCCAGUGAGGAGAUAGGAAUAGACACAACCCCCAGAGAAGAUAAACAAAGAGAGAUGAUGAAUGAAGCAGCCAUUAAUCUAUUAUGAGCAGGAGUUGAGAUUCCAGAAUAAGAGAGUGUAGUACCUCUGAUCUAAUGGUAACUUCGACGGUGGAGGCCUUGAGUCCUGUAGACGCCGAGGGACUUCCCUUCACAAGAGACAAACACUACGCCAUGCAUGGUGAGAUCUUGACUGUUGUUCUUGUCAUCAUCUUUGCCGUCUUCCUCUUGUUCCUCGUGCUGCUUCCUUGUCUUAAACGCCGUUACAGUCCCCAGUCCGACCUGUCAGAAGAGGAGGCUUCCUCUAGCGGAAGACUCAAGCCUUUACCUGUUGUAAGCAAAUGAUAUAUUUCGACAUAUAUAGCCACAGGCCAAACAACUAACAACUGCGUGUAUUGAGUGUCUUAUUACAAAUUGCAGAACGUCUGUAAAGUCGUCAUAUUUCUCACUAUUGGAUAGAACAUUACAACAUUGUACCUAGCUGCAAUUGCAGCUGAAAAAUAAGAUCCAUGGACAACAACAAUAUGAGAUUUUUCA